CAUCACCACAAAGAAGCAAUGAAACGUGUAUGAGCUCCCCUCUUCCUAUUCUGCCUGUGGUUUGAUUCUGCUUAAUUUCCAAGAAGAUCACUUUAUGGCAUCUGUUUGGCUCUCCUGUUAGGUUAGAGAUCAGAUUUUCUUGGGGAUCUGCAACAAUGAGGAUUCAGACAACAGUUCUAUUGUUGCUGCUUAUUUGCUUAAGUAUUUCACUUGGUCAGCAUGAAAAAACUCAAGAAAGGAAUGUUAGAAGAAGAAGGACACGUCCAAAAGGACCCAAAAUUCCUUUAGCAGCAACUCGAAAAGCAAGAAGACAAUCGAAACCUGAACGUGCUGUUAUCACACAGAGCUACCCAGAAAUAAAUAUGUAUGACAAUAUUGUAACAGUUAUCGAAUCAUAUAAAGGUCUUCAACAACCACAGUCAAGCUACAGUGUUUUACCAGGAAAGAAAGGCCACUGCAAGAGUAAUGGAAUGAUUCUGCAUGAUAAUGCUGUCUGGUCCCCAAAACCCUGUAUCACCUGCCUCUGCACUAAUGGCAACACUGCUUGUGAUGUGGUGAUGUGCCCAACUCUCACAUGCCCCCAGACUGAGACACCAGAUGGAGAAUGCUGUCCUAUCUGCAAGGAAAUUGUAACAAACGUUUUACCGGAAAGUGACAAAACUGAAUUUUCUGGUGAUUCUUCAGAGCCAAAUGACCCCAGUGAACCAAUUGCUGCACCACGUACCCAGGCAGAAAUUGAUGAACUUCUCAGACAGGAAGAGGAACAACAGGAAGAGGAAGAGGAAAUGAUGCACAAAAAGGAGGCAGAGCGCAAGAGAAAAAAAGAACUGAAGAAGCAAGAGGAAGAGCAAAGGAGAAAAAUGGAGGAGCUGAAACAGAAAGAAGAGGAAGAAAUGUUUAGAAAGCAGGAAGAAGAAGAAAUUAAGAGAGCACUAUUAGAGGAAGAGGAGCUAAGAGAAAGUGAAAGACUACGACAGGCGGAGGAAGAAAGACAAAAAGAAGAAAACAAAAAGCUAGAAAAAGAAAGAAAAGAACGCAAAGAAAAGGAAAAGCAGGAGGAGGAGGAAGAUGAAAAUGAAGAAGAAGAAAUUCUCAGAGGAGAUGUUUUCAGAAUGCCUCCACAUUACUUUCCAACUCCAGAAUCACUACCAUUUCAUCCAGAUGAAAGACCACCACCUCUCCAUGUGCCACUGCCAUCUACAUGCAUUGUAUCCGACUCUACACUGAGCUGUACGUACAGCAAGAUCACUCACAUUCCAUCAAUUGUAGACACAGAACUAAAGUGCCUGAACCUUGCAGGGAAUGCAAUUACUUCAAUUCCAGCUGAAGCAUUUAAUGGUGUUCCUAAUAUCGAAUGGAUCGAUCUCAGCAAGAACAAAAUAACAUCUGUGGGUAUUGAUCUGAAAGCAUUUUCAAAACUGAAAAAACUUGAGCGUCUGUACUUGGAUGGAAAUCUACUGGAGCAGAUGCCAUCAGAACUACCAUCAACUUUAAAGGAAGUGAAAAUCAAUGACAACAACCUGAAGAGAAUUGAUGAAUCCAGUUUUCAAGAUCUAAGCAAUUUGGUGACGUUAGAGCUGGAAGGUAAUAAACUUGAUGAAGGUUCCACCAGCACUUUGGCUUUUAAACCACUGAAAGAACUCUCCUAUCUGAGACUUGGCAAAAAUAGGUUCCGGACUAUUCCACAGGGAUUGCCUCCUUCCAUUCAGGAACUACAUCUUGAGCAUAAUCUCAUAGAAGAGAUAUCUGAAACAGACUUCAAUAACACAAAACAUCUGACUACUCUGGUUCUAAAAUACAACAAGCUCGAUGAAGCCAGAAUUGCUCCACUGGCUUGGAUCAAUCACGAGAGUCUGGAAUCUAUAGACCUAUCCUACAAUAAGUUCUACCAUGUGCCUUCAUUCUUACCAAGGUCCUUGGUACACUUAGUGCUUGUGGGGAACCAGAUUGACAGGAUCCCAGGAUACGUCUUUGCUCAUAUGUACCCAGGCAUAGAAUACCUGUAUCUCUCCUUUAACAAAGUUAAUGAUGAUGGUAUUGAUACAUCGUCUUUCUUUGGAGCCUACAACUCCUUAAUAGAACUUUAUAUGGACCACAAUGACUUGACCAUGGUGCCACUGGGGAUCUCUGACAUGAAACAGCUACGUUUCUUGAGGUUCAACAACAACAAAAUUAGAAGCAUUUCACCACAUGCAAUUUGUCCUGAAGAUGAUGAGGAUGAAGAAGAUUUAAGCAUUGUAUCACUUCACCUGGAAAACAAUUACAUUGAUACCAGAAGAAUUUCACCCACUGCAUUUUCUUGCAUACCAUCCUACUCCGGAGUUGUCAUGAAGCCUCAGAAGCUCAAAUGAUGGCACAACUGUCACUGCAGCAUGUUAACCCAAAAUCACAGAAAUGGAUGGCCUUGAUAACUUUACUUGCUCUACACCACUGCCAUUUUUUACUAUAUUAAUAUUGGUUCACUGUUGUAAAAGAAAACAGGUAAUAUGCAAUCUAGGAAACUAGAUGCAGAAAAAAAAACACUAUUUCAAAAAUGAAUGUGUGACCUUUAAUUCUGCACACUUCACACAGUGCAAAGUUGAAACUCUUUGGAAACAUUAAAUUCCCUGAAAAAGAACAGACAGCUGUAACUAAUAAAUAAUUAACAUUUUUGAUAAUUUUGACAAUUACACCACAUUGUGCACUGGAUAAUUCACCUUCCUAUGUCAGCAUUAUACAUUUCACUUCAUUCUGGUAUGCAAGUUAAAAUCACGAGCAUGCAUGUGUACGUGCUCACAACUGAAAUGUGGAAAGAAUAACAACUAUGCAAAACCUGUUCCGAAGGACUCUGAUAUUAGUGGUAAAGAAAAAAUGCUAAAAAAGCUACUGUCAGCUAUUAAAAAAGACAUUUAAUGUAUUUCAGUACUGAUUCCCCAAAAUGACUGAGACAUACAGCUAUUGUGAUUCCCAAUUCAGUAUGUUUGAACACUGACAAAGUUAACUACCAUCAUCUUUUUCCACUGUAACUUUACUGCACAAGAGAUGAUAGUUGUAUUAGAUAUAGAACAUAACACCAUUAGUGACCCAUCAGUUUCAGAUCAAGUCUCAACUUCUGAUGCACAGCCUUUUAAAGUUUAAACGACAGAUGGGAAAAUGAGGCUGCUCUACACUAACAGCCUCCUUAAUAGGAUUUUCUCAUGCUGAAGACCUGAGAAUUUAUACAGCUACAGGAAAUGAUAAAGUCUUCCAGCACUCGGGAGAAAUAAAUAUGCUCUUAGUUUGUUGCUGGCAUUUCAAGAAAAAACAGAUCUUCAUAUCCAGGAAUGCAGGCCUUCCACUUUAAGUUACAGUCCCGAUAAGCUUGUAUGUAAUAACAGACUUUUUAAAAUAUUUUUAUAUACAAACUUUACGUACAUACAAGUUUUUAGUAUACUUUGCUGGACUAAGUAUAGAGAGAAAAGUAAAUGAAAAAUGUCUAUCAUACUUUUUUUUAAAAUGUAUUCUAAGGGAACUAUAUAAUAACCUUAUUUUCUGUACUAAUAAAGCACAUAUAACACUUCAAUGC